UCUGUCCCUCCUACUGGAUGUAGCUUUUCGGCUUUCCUUUACGGGGGAGGAUUCCUCCUUCCAGGCCCUGGGCCACUGCUGGGCGAGCUCGUUCCCGAUGGUUAAACGCUGUCCCCGUCUGGCUGGCGUUCUCACAUUGUACCAUUACUGAGCUUCACACUUAACGUUCCUUAAUUAUCCUCUGCGGAGCGUCACCCUUCAUGUUCCCUCGACUGUGCGCCACGCCCAUUGCAUUCCCAGUCUUGAACCUAAAACAUCCAGAACAGGAGCUGUCCAUUACUAACCCUACCUUCCUCCAAUUCGUCGCCCUUUCAAGUCUCCAUCUCAGCAAUAGAAUCCACCUACACCCAGCUGUUCAGUCCAGACUCGGAGACAUCCUUGGCACGUGUCACCUCAUGCAUGUAAUUCAUUUGCAAGCUCUGCCCGUCCUACCUCUGGGCCUCAUUCUUCAACUUUAUGCGAUUUACCACCUCGAGUGUAACCACAGCCACAGCGUCUUUCGUCUGCUCCUUCCGUGCUCUACGCUAAAAUCAUACCCAAAAAUGUUUCUCAAAGUUGGACAAGUGGACCCCCACCUCUCAUUCCAGCACACUGAAGCUACCAGAAUGAUAGUGCCCUUGUCCCGCUUCAUAAUGGAUUGGAUCGAGCUGUUCUUCCUCCAUCCUGUGUCAUUUUAUCAAGGGGCUGCUUUUCCUUUUGCACUUCUGUUUCAUUAUCUCUGCAUCUGGAAUUCAUUUUCUACUCAAGCCAGAUACCUUUUUCUCCUGACUGGAGGAGUUGUGCUGGCCUUUGCAGCCAUGGGUGUCUAUGCCAUGUUCAUCUUCAUCCCUGCGGUCUGUGCUGUGAUUCUGGUCUUCUCGCUCGGCCCACAGGAUGUCCACAGAUGGACUUUCUCCUUUCAGAUGAGCUGGCAGACCCUGUGUCACCUGGGUCUGCACUACACGGAGUACUAUUUGCAAGAGCCUCCUUCCCCGAGGUUCUGCAUCACUCUUUCUUCCCUCAUGCUGUUGACCCAGAGGGUCACAUCCCUCUCUCUGGACAUUUGUGAGGGGAAAGUGGAAGUAGCAACAGUAGGCAUCAGGAGCAGGAGCUCUUUGUUUGAGUAUCUGCAUAAGGCCCUGCCCUAUUUCAGCUACUUGCUCUUUUUCCCUGCUCUGCUGGGAGGCCCUCUGUGUUCCUUCCAGAGAUUUGAGGCUCACGUUCAAGGAUCCAGCUCUUUGUGUGGCUGCUGUUUCUGGGGUCUGAUCUGGAGAGGCCUGCAGAUUCUUGGACUGGAGUGCCUAAAAGUGGUCCUGAGAGGUGUGGUAAGUGCAGGAGCAGGACUGACUAACUGCCAGCAGCUCGAGUGCGUUUAUGUUCUGUGGUCCACGGCUGGGCUCUUCAAAGUCGCUUACUACGCCCAGUGGAUCCUGGAUGAUUGCCUCCUCCACGCAGCCGGCUUUGGGUCUGAGUCUGGCCAGAGCACUGAUGAAGAAGGAUAUGUCCCUGACGUGGACAUCUGGACCCUGGAAACUUCCCACAGGGUGUCCCUGUUCACAAGAAAGUGGAACCAGAGCACAGCCCGGUGGCUGCGCCGGCUGGUGUUCCAGCAGAGCAGGGAGUGGCCACGAGUACAGACCUUUGCCUUCUCGGCCUGGUGGCACGGGCUGCAUCCCGGACAAGUAUUUGGCUUCCUGUGCUGGGCUGUGAUGGUGGAAGCUGAUCAUCUGAUUCACGCCUUCGCCAGCUCAUCUAUCAGAUCCUGGCCCAUGAGGUUACUCUACAGAGCUCUCUCCUGGGCCUACACCCAGCUCCUUGUUGCCUACAUACUGCUGGCUGUGGAAGGCAGGAGCCUCUCUUCUCUCUGGUCUCUGUGUAAUUCUUACAGUAGUGCCUUUCCUGUGGUAUACUGUAUUUUGCUUUUUUUAUUAAUGAAGAGAAAGCACAAAGUUGAGUGACAUCUAUCCUUGUCUUUCAUUUUAUCCACCCAUGACUGAUUUAGAAAUUGAGAUGUAUUGCACUGUUGCAAUACAUCAACUUUUCCAUAAUAAAGUUUUGUACAUAUUGGAUGCAUACACCAAUGAUAUGAUAAAGACUUAUCAUAAAAAGCAUCUGUCUACUUUAACAAGCUAUUCUGCUGCUACUGGGGCUGUGAAACACAAACCCAAGGUUUCUCCCCUUUGAGUUUAUUUUUCUAGGUGUGGAUGCAAAGUUUAAGUAAAGUAAUAUAUAAAACACGAGAGGGCUGAGGACAUAACUUGGUAGCAGAGCACAUGCUGAGCACGAACUAGGCCCUGGUUUCUAUCCCCAGCACUGUAAAAACAAAACAAAAAACAACACAAGGUACUGUGAGCCAUGUGGGAAAUGGUAUAUAUAUCCAAAAAUUGUCCAGUUGGCCAUUCUGAUCCUGGAAUGUGAUUAGCAUAUGCAUUAGCAAUACGCAUUAGUCAGCUUUUCAUCACUAUUUUGAAAUACCUGAAGCAGGCUAACUUAUGAAGAAAAGCAGGUUAGUAGCUUAGUCACUUUCUAAGGUUUGAAGUUUAAGAUUGGGCAGCCCUAUUGUCUUGCCCUCUGGUUAGGGCCUAAUGGGGGAUGAUGUCACAUCAAGGCAGCAAUGCUUGUAGAGCAAUGGAUCACACCUCAGAUAGGAAGCCAGAGAGUUGGUGGGGCCAGGAUCCAGCUUUUGUAAUGAUUGCUAUGGAGAACUACCAAGUGAUUAACUGAGAAUUCCCUUAAUCUCUUUGGAGGGCACAUCCUGAUUUGACCUAAGCACCUCCAAGUGUGCUCUCCCUCUUCAAGUUUCCAUUACCGCCCAGCCUCCCAAUAUCACCACCCUCAGGACCAGGCCUCCAGGCUGUGGGCAUGUAGGGGACACUCAAACCAUGUCUAGGUCACAGCAAACACCAAACAACCAAACCAAACCAAAACUGCGAUGCUAUCAUCAGAUUGGUUUGUUAUAUCACUACCCACAGGUAUCAAAACUUUGGCUUGAACUCAGAAAUUUGAAAAUUUAAUCUAAAGAUAGGAAGGAUGAUAUCAUUCCUAGAGGAUAAGUGAAAAUCCACCUAAGAUUUGAUAACUAUGUAAGUAAUCACUAAGUACAAACUGACUCCACAAAUAACACACAAAGAAACAAAGAGCAGGACAUACGUGCUGGGUGGUCUCAUUCCGUUUCCUUAGCACAUCCUAAAAACUACUUGGUUUCUUCCUUGAGUACACAGUUUAGUGGUAGAGUGCUUGACUAGUGUGCUCAAGGUCCUGACACCACAAACACUAAUAAACCACGAAAAAAUAAAACAGCCCCCCAAAGAGAAAAGUAUCGGCACUGCUGUGUGACACUAAAGCAAGGCUUUUUCACUAACAAUUCACAGUACUGCCACAUCUGUGGGCUGCUGUGUUAGUAUGUGAUGUUUUUUCUUUAAAUCAAAUUUAAGUCUACUUACUUUUUAAGAUUUCCCUUAUUCUAAGCAAUGAGAAUUGAUAAAAUUGAGUUUGGCCUACUGAUUAUAUUUUAUUCUAGGGCUGAAAAUGUAACUAGUGGCACAGCACCUACCUGGAAAGUGAAAUAAUCUGUCAGAUACAGACCAUGCUUAGUGAUGCUAGAGCACAUACAGACAAAAAAAUAGAUGCACUUAAAAUAAUUAUGGAAGCUCAGUGUAUGAAAGAAGUGGAAUCUGUAAAGCAGAUUCAAGUAGAUAACCAGGAGAAUAAAAAUUUCAUUGAAAGUAUUUGAAGCAGAUUAGGCCAGUGUGAGGAUAGGAUUUCAGGUAUUGAAGACAGGCUUGCAGUUAGUGAUUAGGAAAAGAAAGAUGUCUCAAAAACAGCAAGGGACCAUGAGAAAUCAAUCCAGCAGCUGCUAGAUGAUACGAGGAAGAAUAACUUAAGUUUGAUUGGAGUCAACAAAGAAGCAGGAGAUACAACAAAGGACGUUAAAAAAUGUUCAAGACAUCAUGGCAGAAAACUUUCCUGGCAGAGAAAAAUAAUUUGACAUACAGAUAAGUGAGGCAUACAGACAAGAGGAGGAAAUAGAAAGAAUAAAGAUAUCACUGUUUGCAGAUGACAUGAAGAAGACUCCAAAAACCCCAUCAAGAAGACUACUAGUUUUAAUAAGCAAAUUCAGUAGCAUAGCUGGAUACAAAGUCAACACUCAAAAGUCAAUAGUUUUGGGCUGGGGAUUUAGCUCAGUGGCAUAAAUACCUACCUAGCAGACAUGAGGUCAUGAGUUUGAUCUCUGGUACCAAAAAAAAAAAAGUCAAUAGCCUUUAUGUAUGUGAAUAACAUCCUCAGUGAGAGAGAAAUCUGGGAAACAAUUUUCACGAUAGCAUAAAAACAAAAGAAAGAAAGAAAGACAAGCCGAGGAAUCAAUCUAAUAAAGGAUAUAAUAGACCUCUAAAUUGAAAACUACAGUACUCUGAAAAAGGAGAUUGAAGAGGAUAUUAUAAAAUGGAAAGCUGUCCUGUGCUCUUGGGUAGGAAGAACCAAUAUGGUGAAAACACAAAUACUAGAAAUACUAGCAAACACGAAUACUAGAAAUACAAAUAACAAAUAAAUAUAUUAAAUGUCUGACAUCACUAGUCACAUGAGAGAUGUAAAUUAAAAGGACACUGAGAUUCUACCUCAACCCAGAAAGAAUGGCAAUUAUCAAGAAAUCAACCAAUAAUAAAUGCUGGAGAGGCUGUGGGGAAAAAGGAACCUUUUUCUACUUUUGUGGGGAGUGUAGACUGGUGAAACCACUGUGAAAACCAGUGUAGAGAUUCCUCAAAAAACUAGGAUUGAAGGUCCCAUUUGACCCAACUAUUCUCCUUCCGGGUAUCUUCCCAGAAGAAUUAAAAACACUGCACUACUGUGGUGUACGUGCACCCCUGUUUAUUGAAGCACAAUUUGAAAUAGCUAGAUCUUGUAAAUAACCUAAAUGUCCAUCAACCAAAGAAGGGAUAAAGAAGAUAUGAUAUUUUUAUAUAGUAGAGUACUAUUCAGCCAUAAAGAAGAAUAAACUGGAGAAUUUUAUAGGUAAAUGGAUGCAACUUGAGAACACACUCAUAAGUGGAAUAAAUCAGACAUGCAUUUGUAAACAUAGUACUGUUUCAUUAGUUUGAGAAGUUGAAAGAAAAAAUAUAUGUAUAUGUAUAUAUAGUUAAGAUAAUUAUACUAAAAAUAAAACAUCAAAAACAAAUAAAUGCUUGUAUUCUGGGACACUGUCUACACAAAUAUUUUAGCUUAUAAAAAUCCUUCAAUGUGCUGUUGGUGGCACACCUGCAAUUCCAGGAUUCAGAGAGGUUGAGGCAGGAGGAGUGCAAAUUUCAGCACAGCUUGGGCAACUUAGUGAUUUAGCAAGCCCUGUUGCAAAAUAAAAAGUAAAAAUAAAAUUCCUAGCUCAGUGGCAUAAAUGCCUACCUAGCAAGAAUUCCUAGUACUGAAAAACAAAAUCCUUCAAGUUGUAUAUGAAUGUGUGUAAAGUUUGAUAUAUAUGUUACACUUAAAAAAAAUUAACUGAGUGCUUUUUAUGCUUAGGGAAAUGCUCCCGAGGAAAUGUUUAAAAAAUUGAAAAAGAAGUUGAUUAAACAAAACUUUUAAAAUGUAAUCUGGCUUCCAGAUUUAUCUUCCCAUUGAUGAUCAAAGGUAACAUCUCUUCUGAUGGGUGGAUGGAGGUGUCCACUUCCUGCCCUUUCAGUUUGCAUCCAGUAGGGUGUAUGUCACUUAGCUGGACAGUAGCUUAGCUGGACAGUAUAAAGAACAAUGUUAUUUGCGGAGACUGAUCUAAGAUAAAAUGCCAGAGCCAGAGAUGUGGAGCCAGGAGCCAUCUGUCCACAGCAGAAAACAUGGGACCCAUGAGGGCAGCAGGAAAAAAUGAAGGUGCCUUUGCCAUCCCACUACUUUUGUUAGGACUUAACUCUUUCAGUUUUCUCCAGCUGCAGCAAUUGGCAACUUCAGAUUCCUUGUCCUCCAUUACUGAUUCUGUUGCUCCUCAGUCCCUUCCCACUCUCUUUCAAAUUCCCUUGCUACUGACUAGUUAGUUGCAUCUGCUUAUUAAUCUAUUUCAUUAAUUUGCUCUGACUUUGUUCCCAGAACUAUAUUUGAUAUUUUCCUUCUCUUGCUUAAAACCUCCCACCCUAGUGCCAUGCUCUUGGAGCUUCAAAAUUAUAGCAUUUUUCUUUAUGUGUUUCCUAGCCACAGGUAUUUUGUCAUAGCAACAGGAAACAGACUGAGAUAAAAUAAACAAUCAUCAAUGAUCCUCCUGAUUAAAAUUCCAAUUAUAAGAUCAUCCAUUUAAGUCACUUCCAACAGAUUCUUUUGUGUUAUAGAAUACGAAUUGUGUAGGAAAUUUCAUUCAUCUUUGAGCUUAGCACUAAGGGGUGAAGGGACAGUGACUACAUUUCAUCUGAACUUUCCCCAAAUUUUCAACUGUAAUCUUUCCAAAGCAUUUAAAAGCAAUGGUAAAAUGAGCAUCGUUUUUUAGCAUUUUCUUCUGAAUUAUUAUUGAUUCUGAUAUUGGAAAAGGUGCCCCUCUCUGAGAUCAGGUGGUUUGAUUCAAUCCCAUUCUACCACUACCAUCUGUGGGACCCCAGUAAUGCUGUCUUGGGCCUGUUUCUUAACUAAACUAGACGUGUGUGCGGGUUGUGUGUGUGUCUUUUAAGGCUGAAGGUAUGAUUAUGUAAGUGAUUUGACAAGUUUUUAACACAGUAAGCAGGAAAAAGUAAAGUAUGAUUCUCCAACUUGACUUUCUGAUUAUUCAAUAUGAGUUUUACAGGAAGAAAUAAAAGAAAAUCUGCAGGAUGCCCAAGGUUCACUGUGGAUAAGAAGCAUGUUUUAUGGUGUUUCUCCCACUGUCUUCAUCAUUUAAAGACCACAAUGAUACUUUGUGUGGCUCAUUAAAAAACUGAGAGUAAACACUGCUGCUUUAGUGCUAAUAAAACACUUAACUUCUCUUUCUUCCCUGCUUUUAAUCUCUUGGUCUGUAUUUGGUGGCUAGUCACUUAUAAUAUUAAUGUACUUUAGGGCCUCAUUUCCAGAACCAAUUUGCAAAGUACCAAGAGAUACCAGAUUGUUUUUAAGGGAGUGUCUUUGUUUCUUUCUGAACCUAUUUCUUCAGAAACACUUUUGAACCACACUUGUAAUUAUGUAUGUGUGCUUUCCUUGCAGGGAUAAUGUGCAGAUUACAUAAUCUAAGUGUAUACAGGGUUUAGUUGCAAGGCCAGCUAAAUACCUAAGUUAAAUCAAGAGCCUCAGAGGAACACAUCCUGAAGACAUAAAAGGUGGUACUUUCUUCCAUCCCCAACUUUUCAAAGGGGUGUUUUUCACAAUUUCCAAAUUGUUUAGAAUCUAGGUUGAGCUUCCCUGUAGAAAGAACAUUGUGUUGAUGCCUAGGGCUGCAAAGAUGUGAAGACCAGGGAACAUGUUGUUCAGGAUGGAAGAGAAGAGCAAGGGAAUUUCCUUCCAAUUUCUUGAAUGUAUAGAUGACCCCAAGUACAUUUUAUUUCUGUAAUUUCUUUUUCUACUUAUAUAGCUCUAUAAAUGUACGCACUUUAGAUCCUGAUCCAAAUGAACCAGCUGUAAAUGGAAAUUUAUAGGGAAAUUGGAACCCUAGCUAGAUAUUAGAACAUUCUUGUAAAAUUUUUCAAGUAUAACGAUCAUUUUGUGAUUAUUUUGUUAAACAAAGGGUCACAUUUCAGAGAUACAUACAGAUAAAAUGCUGUAUCUUAGAUUUGCUUCAAAAUAACCUGAACAGGAAGAAAUGGGAAUCUGUGUGGAUGAAACGGAUUGCCACUUGCUGAUAACCGUUACAGCUGAGGGAGAAUGGGACAGCAAAUCAUGGCCACUUAGGGGCUGGGGAGGGGUUGUUACCAAUCUGUCCUGACUUUAUCUUGAGAAGUAUGUCUGAGAGCAAGAGGAACUGAGCAUGUCUUGGAGGUGGAAAUGGAGUAGAAAGCUGAAAGCAGAAAAGCAGAAGGAGAGGACUGAAAGUGAGAAGGGAAAAAGCAGCUAUGUCAUGGUUCUGGAAUACAACUGCUCCUUUUUGUCCAUUAAGGAUUGGUUGAUUGGUUUUGGGAUCUCUAUUGGGCAUCCAAAUCUGCACAUGUUCAUAUCUCGUAUAGAAAAUAGCAUAUAUAUAUUUUAUCAGUACCAGGGAUUGAACUCACAACUGCCUGCUUGCAAGGCAGGUGCUUAUGCCGCUGAGCUAAAUCCCCAGAGAAAAUAGUAUAUCUUUAUAUAAUACACAUAUAUUUUGCAUCGCCCUGUAUAUUUUUAAAGCCAUUUUAGGCUGGUUGUGGUAGCAUACGCCUAUCAGCCCAGCACUAGGGAAGCUAAGGAAGGGGAUAACCACGACUUUGAGGCCAGCCUGGGCUACAGAGUGAGUACAACAGAAUUUCAUGUAGAAACUGUGUCAAAAAAAAAAAGUGACUGGGCUAGGGAUGUAGCUCAGUGGUAGAGUAUAUGUGUAGCACACACAAGGCUCUGGGUUCAAGUCCCAUUACCAUCAAAAAACAAAGCAAAAUAACUCACUCGAGGCCAAGGAUUUAGCUCAAUGGCAUAAGCGCCUGCCUGGCAAGCAGGCAGUUGUGAGUUCGAUCCUUGGUACCGAUAAAAAGGAAAAAGACAAAAAAACAAAAACAAAAAAAACCCACCAAAACCAAACCAAGCCCACCCCCCCCUAAAAAACCACUCACUCUAAAUAUACUAAGCACCUAAUAUAAUGCAAAUGCUAUGUAAAUAGCUGUUACACUGUAUAGUGUGGGAAUGACAAGAAAAAAAGUCCAUGCAUAUUCAGUACAGACUAAUUUUUUUCAAAUAUUUUUGAGCCAUAGUUGGUGGAAACUAUAGCUGCAGGAUCUGAGACAGAAAGUACUAUACAACUACAUGGACCAUGAAGUUGGGGAACAGAAGAGAAAUAAGUGGUAAAAAGAAGAGAGAUGCUGUUUCGGAAUUUAUUCCCCUCCAUUCUGAGAUCAAGCUUGACCACGUGACUUCCUUGGGCCAAGGAAGUAGGAACAGAAGCAAAAGGUUAGUCCCCCGUCUCUGACAGCUCAGCUUCUGGAGACCACAGCCUCGGUGUAGCGCCACAGUCAGUCUGUGAUGGACCUGCAGUAGGUAACAGACCUUUGUUUUUGGUAUCCUGGACAUCUGGAGCCAUCUGCUACAGUAGCACACUUGGCCUAUCUCAGCUAGGUGGUUUUCCUGUUUACCAAUAAGAAGUUCCCUGGUAUUCUGCAGUAUUUGUCCUCAACAGUCAGCACUGCAAUUUAAUCUUCCCACACCCCCACUCUUUACCACCAAUGAAUAUUCUAAUAGGUAAAUGAAUAUCUUGAGGGCUAGAAAUACAAAAAAUUGUUUAAAAGUAUGUAAAUUUAAAAACGUUUAUCAAUAAUUUGCUCUUGUUCAGUGGUUAUAAAAAAGACAAACUUUGAUGAGUUCUUGACUAUGAAAAACAAGCUCUUCUUUCCCAACUAAAGUGGUUGAAAGGAUGAUGUGCUCAGAUUUCCUAUGAUAUCCAGGGGUGAUGGGUGGCUCCAAAACCUCCAAAACCUCAGUUUAUAUCCAGGGAACUUCUACUCAUAUGUUCAAGUUAUAAAUUCCUGGAAUGUUUUCUUUCCUUCCACACCCCUGCGGUUUGGUGACUCUGCCUAGGUGCUAAUCUUUCACCAGAUCCCCAGUGUAGACCACCUGCUGCCACUGCUUGUGCAGACCCACUAAAGGAGCAGCAGUGUUUGCUGUGUGUUAGGGGUGAAAAUGUGCUUCUGAGCAGGAUACCUGGUGACUGGUCUUUUGGACUGACAGUCUCAUCUUUGCAGGACCCAAGCUGCAGAUGAUAAAUAGGGGGAUGGCAGCCUGGAUUCCUCCACGUGCAGUGAUGAUGGGUGUCCUUGGCAUGAUGCCCAACUUUUAUGGUUGCAUUCUUCCAUGCUUGCUAUAAGCAUUCCAAGGUGCAGCUUUUCUCCAGUGUGGUCUCUUGUAUUCACUGUUAAAAGAACCUUAGUUUCAGACCCACCAGUCCUUCCCCUUGUUUUAACCUGGAUGAUUUCCUUGUUCUUGAAAAAAAAAGUCUGAAUCUUGUAAGGUUUGGUGCAGGACGAGGGCAGGUAGAUAUAGGAACUUUACUGGGGGCACUGGUCACAGCACCCUGGCAGUGUUUACUGAUAAUCCUGGAGCCCUUCCUGACUAAACUUAAGUAUGCAACAAAUGACUGGAACAAGAGCUACUGCAUGACUCAAUGUGACCGUCUGCACAGUAUUUUAUAAAGACUAUUAUGUAUGUUUAAAGAGAUUUGUGUACUUGAGAAGAAACUGCUUAGCAGGACAAGGAAUUGGUGGCAUUUUUUUUCCCACAGUGUUGAGAUUCAAUCUGCGGUCUUGUGCAUGCUGGGCAAAUGGUCUACUGAGCUAUACCCAGCCCCCAAUAGCUAUUAUUUAAGUAUCACUAUGUUUGUGAGCACUCUGCAUAUUACAUUUAAACUUCACAACCACCUUAUAAAAUAGGUACUAAAAUUACUUUAUUCUCAUUUUAUAGGUGUGAAAAUGGGACAGAGAUUAAAUAGCUUGGCUAAACUCAGUAUGUUAACCAGUUUUCCAUUCCUGUAUGUAAUAAAAUACCUAAGACAAUUGCCUUAAAAGGAGAAAAUGUUUAUUUUGGCUCAUGGUUUCAGACUAGGGUCACUUGUCCCUGUCAGUUUGGGCCUGUGCACAGGGAAACAUGUGGGAGGAAGACCUGUUUAACUCAUGGUGGCUGGAGAGCAAAGAGGGGCAAGGAGCUGGUGUUCCAACAUCCCACCAAGGACAUACCCCUCAGUGACCUUCCUCCCACUAACCCCGGCAUCUUCCACCAGCUCCAUGGGUGAGGGACCAAGUCUUUAACUCAUGGACCUUUGGGGAAACAUUACAUUCAAAUGGUAACAGUCACAUGCCUAUAACAGGAAAAGCUAAAAGUCCAGGUGGUCUGAUUCUAGAGCCCACACUGUAACCACUAUGCUAUGAUGAUGCUACUGUAUCAACCUUCAAAGAAUUCAUAAAAUAGGUUAGUGUCACACGUAUCAAUGGGAUUUUUUGAUGGAAGAUCUGAAACCAGGCAAACCAUGGCAUUUCUAAUGGGUGGGAUUGACAUGUGGUCAGUAAUCCAUUUUUUUUUUUUUAACCUUCACUAUUACUUCUUCACAUGUAUCCCCCUGAAAAAGAAAUCUGAAAGUCAUUCUUGAAUCAUUUUUUCACUAAAAUUGUUAUAGCCUAGUUCUAACCAUUGGGUCUCAUUCCUGUUCUGUAUGCGCUGCUCGGCCCCCUCCCUCCCUUCCUAUCUUUCUAGGUUAAGUUUCUAUUUCCUGAGAAAGCUGUAAAAGCCUUAGGUUUCAGUUUCCUGCAACCCCCUCCCGUACCCCUCAUCUGGCUAUCUGUGAUAAAAUGUGCUGUUCUUUAAGAAAUGUUCUCCUCUGUAAAAAUUGUAAAAUCUUACCCAAUUGAUAUGUUUUACAAGAUAAAGCCCUGACUUUUAGUUGUCAGGCACACAGUCUCCAGAUUGGCUCCCGGGGAUUGUGUUGCCAGGCCUGGCCUAAAAUAAAGCCUUUUUGCUCCCCAAAUUUUAAUUUCUUGCUUCCUUGGGUUUUAUUCCAGGGUCUGAGUUAUCACAUUUGGGGGCUCAUCUGGGAUAGGAGCAAGACCCCAGACUCAUUUCUGAACAUUUGAAAGUAAGUACUCUGGAGGGUUUGUUUGGCCGCGGUUAAGUUUGUGCCUUGGAGGGGACGCCCUCAAUUUGGGAGCGUGGAACUCCUGAGGCCAGAGCCAGUUGGUUUUUGGGACGGACUCCAUCCAUUUGUGACUCUGCCCUGGGUAGCGAACCGUUCAGUUGGUUAGUUUGUUAAAUUCCUCCAGAAAUCCAAAAAUUGGUUGAUUUUUGAGCAAAGGCCAUUUUUGCUGCAGCAUGUCUUGUCUUGUAUGUCUGUCUUUGUGUCCAUUUGUUCUAAUUGUUCUCCUUUUGGUUACCCCCAAUCUAACAGAACAUUCUCUCCUAGGAACCCCUUUUACGAGCCCAAAACGGACAAAGGGAUUUAGAUAUUUAUGUUCAGUGUUUUUGUACUUUAGAAUUGUCUGCCUGUUUGAAUUUGUUACUAACUUAGGGGCUUGUUGCCCAUUUCUGUUGCAGGAUCCAUAUGGCUUAUUAGACUCAAGGUUCAUAAUAAAAAAAUUAUUUCCUUUAGCUCACCAAACUGUGCAUGAAACAACCUUUGUUUGUGUCUUUUAUGUUGUGGUGCCUUGUUUAAUGUUUUAGUCCUCAAUUGAUUACUUGCAACCUCCGCAUGCCUUUUUAAAAAGAGAAUUUUUCUUUCUGGUUAAAAUGUAAACAUUAUGUGCACAUAUAUAUAUGUAUAUUUAUGGUUUUUAAGAAUCAUAUCAACUUUACCAAGUAAAAACCAGGUCAUACUGUAAUUGAGCCAGUUAAAAGGUUAUGGUUUUUUUUUUAAAUAUAGCAUUUUAAUGUGGUAAAAAGACAUAAAAUAAUUAAAUAUGCUUUAGACUACUAAAAGGUCACUUCAAGGAUUUUGUUAAAGGUUUUAAUGUUGUCUAAAAAGUAAGAGAAAAAAGGUAAUUGACUAAUAAUAAGUUAAAAAAAAAAGAAAGAAAGAAAAGGCCAAUCUAGAUUUAAAAGAAAUAACUAUUGUGCCUAAUGUGAUUAUAGAGAUUAUAGGUGAUUAUAGAGAUAAGAUACAAGUUCUUGCAUGUGCUGUGAACACCUGGGAGAUUAUGCGGCACAAUUUUGUUACCUAUGAAAAAGCCCUUUUUGUUAAGUAUGUAAUUUCAGUAAAAUGAUGGCCUGCCACGUGGCACCCAAAACAAAAAGCGGUGUACCAUCCAGAUGAAACCUGCUGAUUUGGAAUGCUAGAACCAUGUUUUCCUUUUGUCCCACCCCGAUUGAACAUCCAGAGCUAAGGAGGUUUCCCAGUAUCACCAGUUGUUCUCUUUGCAACUCAGUCGGCCCCACAUGUUAGACAAAACUUCCAAAGGUUUGAGAGAUUUAAGAAAAUGCCCCUCAGCCAGUUAAUAGAGACAGCACAAAAGGUCUUUGAAAACAGGGAGAAUUUACAAGAAGCUACCAACAAGAAGAUAACCAAGGUGUUAAAAUUGCUCUAUGAGAGAGAAACUAAAAAAAAAAAAAAAAAAAAAAAAAGUACGGGAGUUUCUGGAGGCAGUUGGAUACUGUAGGCUAUGGAUUCUAAAUUUUACUGAAACAGCUCGCUCCCUUUAUGACUCCCUUAAGGGAGAAACUCACUAAACUGGACUGAUGAAUGUGAACGGGCCUUUCAGCAGCUCAAGUGGGCCUUGACAGAGGCCCCAGCCCUGGGACUCCCUGAGGUUACCAAGCCAUUCACCUUGUUCAUAGAUAAACUCAAGAGCAUUGCCAAAGGAGUUCUAACCCAGGACAUUGGCUCUUGGAAGAGGCCUAUAGCCUACCUCUCCAAAAGACUUGAUCCAAUGACAGGAGGAUGACCCCCCCCUGCCUGAAAAUCCUAGCUGCUGUGGCAAUGUUACUUAAAGAGGCUAAAAAACUUACUUAUGGACAGAAGAUUUCUGUGGUGAUCUCCCACAGUUUAGAGACUCUUAUCAAAACCCCUCCCAAAAAAUGGCUUUCGAAUGCUAGAAUUUCACACUAUCAGGCCCUGCUCCUAGACCCAGAGUCGGUAGUUUUCAAGACUUCUUCAGCUUUAAACUCAGCCACCCUUAUGCCUGACGACGACCGAGAGGAACAAAGGACACCUCUCCAUGAAUGUGCUGACAUCCUUGAACUGCAGCAGAACCUACGGGCUGAUCUUACCGACCAGCCUUUGGGAAAUGCCGACAACUAUUUCACCGAUGGAAGCAGCUUCAUUCAGAAUGGCAAACGAGUGGUCGGGGCAGCAGUGACACCGAAAAGGAAGUACUCUGGGUUAAAUGGUUAGAGCCUGGCACCUUUGCCCAAAAGGUGGAGCUCAUUGCUUUGAGGUGCUAAAACUAGCCACAGGAAAGAGAGUAAACAUCUAUACUGACCAUAGGUAGGCUUUUGCUACUGUACAUGUACAUGGAGCCAUCUAUCAGGAGCGAGGUCUCUUAACCUCAGCCGAGACUAAGAUAAAAAAAUGCUCCAUGGAUCCUAAACUUGCUGGCAGCAGUCUGGCUGCCUUAGCGGGUUGCUGUUAUUCACCCUAGGAAACAAUUUGGCAGAUCAGGCCGCUCGAAAAAUAGCCACUACAUCAGAGGGGCCAACUGAGGAGGUAACUGCUCUGAUGUUGGUUCCUCCCACUUUAUCAGAACUGGUCUACAUAGAAAAGGACCUGCAGUUAGCGUCUCAACUUGGAGCGAAGUCCCCCAUCCCAGAGGGCUGGUACCAGUUACCUGAUAAACGAGUACUGUUACUGGAGGCACUAGGACGGGAGCUGUUACACCGGGCUCACCAAACUACCCAUUUAGGGGGAACUAAACUUGCAGAAUUGUUCAGAACUCGGUUUUUUAUUCCAAAACUCUCCAAACUGACCGCCUCUUUGAGCUCUAGAUGCUCACAGGGCUUGUUAGUCAACUCAGCCAAGAGCUCUACACUGGAGACCACCCAACAUCGAGGAAUUGUUCCAGGAGAACAUUGGGAAGUAGACUUCAGGACAUGGUAAAGCCUGGUUUACAGGGGCACCGCUAUCUCUUGGUAUUAGUAGACACCUUCACUGUCUGGGUAGAGGCUUUCCCUACUAAGUCCGAGUCAGCCUUAGUGGUAUUAAAAAGCUAUUAGAUGAGAUCAUACCUCGAUUUGGCCUCCCACUAUCAAUGGGGUCUGAUAAUGGCCCCACUUUCAUAGCUCAAGUCACCCAAAAGUUAGCCCAGGCAUUAAAGAUUAAUUAGAAACUCCACUGUACCUAUUGGCCACAAAGCUCAGGGCAAGUAGAACGUAUGAACUGAACUCUCAAGGACACUUUAGCUAAGCUGUCUUUAGAAACUGGCGAUAAUUAGGUGAGCCUGCUUCCCUUUGCGUUGCUAAGAACUAGAUGUACUCCAUAUGUUUCUUGAAUUUCCCCCUUUGAAGCUAUGUUCGGAAGGCCCCCUUUGAAGCUAUGUUCCACUGGUCCCGAGACUGUCAGAGGACAAAUUAGUUGAAAUAACUAACCAGUAUCUCAUUAAGCCCCCACAGACACUCCAGCCUCGAUCCACCAGCUGUUUAGACAAAAACACCUGGAUCUGCCUUCAGAGAUGCCCCUCAAGGCACCGAUGGAGCCGGGGACUCCAGUCUUGGUGCAACGCCACCACCGCGACUCCCUCGAACCCCGCUGGGAAGGACCUUUCACCGUGGUACUCAGUACUCCCACCGCCGUCAAGGUAGCAGGAAAGACUGCGUGGAUUCACCAUACCCAUGUCAAGCCACUGGAAGCAACAGACAGUGAGGAGUGUUCUCAAUGGACUAUACAGCGGACUGGUAACCCAUUAAAGUUAAAAUUUGUUAAGAACUCUUAGUUAUACAAAUCAUGUCUAUAUUGUGGUGUAUAGUCUGGUACUCAAUUGUGACUGUAACCCCUGGGAAUGGAGACUGAGUUAUUUCAGACUAAAAGACUAAAGAGGAGUUAGGCAGGUCUAAGGGUGACACAAACCAAAUCACUAUUGACCUGUGUACACUCUUUAAUGGUAAUUUGAUUGAAAGAGUUGGUUACACAGUCAAGGGCAACUAUUGUUAUGGCCUUGCACCUCAGAUUCUCAACAAUGAUUCUGAAAAAGACAUUGAUAACACAGCUUUAUAUGUAUGUCCCCAAAACCAACCAGACCCUAGUUAUAACAUUUAUUGUGCCUCAGAUCCAGACCAACAAUACUGUUAUGCAUGGCCAUGUGUUACUGGAGGCCUAAAUGGAUAUUACAACUCUGAAAAAUACCUUGCUAUCAAGUAUAUAGGAAACAAAAAUUGUAAAACUGAGCAUAUCUUCCUAAAUCCAACAGACCCUUGGUGGCAAGGACAGGGGCUUACUUAUACUACUAAGAUCUAUAAAACUGGGUAUGACCCUGGAGUUAAUAUCCUGUAUAAACCACCUAGAAAAGCUCACGCAGUUCAAUAUAAAAGGGAGCGUCAUCCAGUGGUGGCCCCUAGCCCAAUAAGAGUACCUAAGUCUAUCCAAGUCCAUUCCGGAGGCAUACUCCAACGCCCCCAGUAGCUAAAGCCCUCUGUAAUGGCAUUCUAUACCAUACAAGCCAACCCAGUGUUAAAAUGUGCAUGUGGAAAAAGAAAGGGGACCUCAAAUAUUGGAUGAAAAUUGAGUUACCUAGCUCAGAUCAAACCCCAAUCCAACCUGCAGCCACUAAGAGGCCACAAGAAACUGGGCCGGAAGAGCCUAGAUGAACUCUUACACCCUUGUUGCUAACUGUUGCCGAGCCCGAAGCUCCUACACCUCCCUCAAUGACAGAGAUGUUCCAGCCCUUAGAAGUAGUUGCCGAGCUGAUUAAUGGCUCCAUUGACAGUGGCCUAACAAUCCUGUGUUGGCUAUGUUUGCCCCCUGAGCCUCCCUUUUACGAGGGAUACAUCACGGUCACCAGUGAACUCACCUCUAGUGCAGCCAGAUGUAAUAUAUUUCUCCCUCAGUCUUUGUGGAAAAGCACCAGCACAGAGGGUUUAAAUGGGACCUGCACAUAUCACUCCAGCCACACGGCUCCUGAAUAUUGUGAUCUCUCCCAUUCCUAUCACGUUACAGGGUCUGGUAAUAAUACCUCCAUAGUGGCCCCAGCCAGCCAUUAGUGGGCUUGUACUUCGGGAUGGUACCCCUGUAUUGCUUCAAAAAAGUUUGUUGUUAACCAGGAUGAGGUUUGUGUACUAAUCCAAAUCCUGCCUAGAAUUUACUGGCACCCAGAAGAAAAAGGAAAUAGGGCCCUUAUCUCUACCAGCCAAUGAGCAAACAAGAAGUCCCACUCUUCCUACUAUGGCUGGAAUCAGUAUAUUCUCGGCCCUUGGGCUGGGGACUGCCUCUCUGGGAGUUAGUACACACCAAUACAACAUAUUAUCCCAACAGGUAGAUGAAGGGAUGAAACAAAUUCACAGUGCUAUUGAAGCCUUAGAAAGCUCAAUUGACUCAUUAGCCGAAGUAGCCCUCCAGAACUGCAGAGGGCUAGAGCUCCUAUUAGUUGAGAAAGGAGGACUAUGUUAGGCAUUAGGGGAACAAUGCUGCCUGUAUGCUAAUAAGUCUGGGAUAGUAAAACAAAAUUUAGCUGAGCUCCAGAAAAGCCUCCAAGAAAGAGAAAAACUAAGACAAGGAACUCCAAGCUGGAUGGAGCAAAUGUUUUCCUUCCCACCAUGGAUGACUAGUUUAGUAGCGACCAUAGCUGGUCCUCUUGUUAUGAUACUGAUAUUAGUUACUCUAGGCCCUUGUAUAAUCAAUCAACUGACUGCGUAUAUCAGACAACAGAUGCAGAACAUAAAAUUAAUGAUGGUUAGACAACAAACAUAGGAGCUCGUCCCCAGAAGUGCUUAACAAGGCCAAAGAUUUGGCCUCAAUCACAACAUCAGAGGGGAAUGUUAUAGCCUAGUUCUAACCACUGCGCCUCAUUCCUGUUCUGUAUGCGCCGCUCGGCCCCCUCCCUCCCUUCCUAUCUUUCUAGGUUAAGUUUCUAUUUCCUGAGAAAGCUGUAAAAGCCUUGGGUUUCAGUUUCCUGCAACCCCCUCCCCUACCCCUCAUCCGGCUAUCUGUAAUAAAAUGUGCUGUUCUUUAAGAAAUGCUCUCCUCUGUAAAAAUUGUAAAAUCUUACCUAAUUGAUGUUAACUAUUGUUGCCCUCUACAAAUAACAGAUGUGGUGCUAAAAUAAGCUAUCAGGGUUUGUUAAUUACUGCUAGACUUCUCUAUUCUCUGCUGAGGGAAAGAAGAUGUUUACCCAAUCUAAACUCGCUUGUAUGCAGGGAGACUUGCUUGUUAGCCCAACCCUUAUCUGAACUUUGCUCUUCCCAAUGUAAUCACCGUGUUCCUGUUCUAUAGUGCGCCACAACCCCCCCUCCUUGCAUUGUGAGACCAGCUGCUGUUUGCAGUUUUACAAGAUAAAAGCCCUGACCUUUAGUUGUCAGGCGCGCAGUCUCCAAAUUGGCUCCCAGGGAUUGCAUCGCCAGGCCUGGCCUAAAAUAAAGCCUUUGCUCCCCAAAUUUUAA